AUGCUUGAUGCUGCUGCACCUAACUGCGUAAGGGUCGCGCAAGGGAGCCUCCGAAUUCUCGAGCUUGCAUCUCAAGCCAUCAAACCCUGUCUCGACAACAAGCUUGUCGAACUAGGCCAGAGGAUAAUAAGCUCGGUGGCUAUAAGAUUGGAUGCCCUAGAGAUUGGACCCGCCGAAAAAAACCCUAACCCAGAGCUUGAAGUUGUUGCCACCGAAUACUAUAUGCUUCGGAUAUACCUUGCCUGGUCAGAGAACCGACUUGACAUUGCAGAUCACUUAUUCUCCAAGGUCCCCGAAAUCAAAACGAAUGGGCAGCGGGGUGUUGUCGCGAAUAUAUGCUAUGAGAUUGGGGACAAUGCGCUCUCUCACGGCCAAUAUGAGACUGCGUUGGUGUGGCUGGAUAGGGCACUGGCAUCAUGCGAGGCUGAAGAAGGUCAUGACACUGGUCAAUAUCCAAAGGACAAUCGGCUGUUAAUUCUGCACGCUUUUACCCGGGCACGCCUUCAUUCUACCAAACCUGACCCUAACAAUCGCCUGCAGAAAGCACUGGAGCUACUAGGAAAGGAGUAUGGUGAUCAGUUUCCUGUACUUGCACUUUCUCUUGAAAAUUUCAGCAAGAAGGGAGAAAUUGGCCAGGAAUUCUUCUUGGCGCUGGAGUCGUCCAUCGAGGCAAUGGAUAACAGUGCGGCGAGCAUCACACUAUUGUAUCAUUAUCUCCUGAAAUCCAAGAACUCGAGCCCAGAGCGGUUUGUUAAAGCCUGCGGCCAGCUUUUCGCUAAGCUUGAUUCGCUGGAUCCAGAGACCAAAAGACAAUGGAUGGAGAAAAUCUUUGUCUCCAUCAUUUACGCUUUAUCAAGUAUAGACCAAGAUCAUCUUCCACUGGCUGAAACAGUAGCUUGUCAGUUGACGAAAAAUGGCUUGGACAGACUCAGCGAGGACGCCACAAGCGCUUCUUUAAUGCCUAUCUGGAAAAGAAUUGACAAACUGGUGGCUAGAGGUUCAAUCAGUAUGGCGGAAGAAUGGUGCUGCUUCGCUCUGAAUCUAAAACAACCAAUCUUCCGAAUUACGCCAGGCACUGAGACCCAGCUCUUUCGAAAAUGGAUUAUCUGUGUUCUGGACAAGCCCGAGCACUCUGCACAAAGAAUUAUCGAUACAGCGCCUGCGAGCUGCAAAGCCUGUCCCCGAACGCUGUACAUGCUGUACAAGCUUGCUCUUUCACGUGAAAACAGUUUGCUUGCCACGGUAUACCUUGAAUUACUCGGCCAGCUCCAAGCGGGUACCACGUAUAUCCAGGCAUGCAUAUCAGGUGCAUUGCGGCUAGGGAAGAUAGAGGUCGCAGUUCAGAGCUUUGGUGGCCUAAUAACUGGGUCAGACAGUGACCUGGACCAGCGGCAGUUAUCACAGCUUGCGAAAUACCUGAUCAGCAGCAUUUGCACGAUGGGAGCGGCCAAGAACCACCUUGAGCAUGUCGUGCCUCUUCUUGAGUCCAUACUUACUACAGUCGGCCGUGGACAGAAGAACAUAUUCCCCGCUACCGAUUUAUACUGGCUUGCUUGUAGAAGCUAUGCCAUUGCCCUGGAGAAUCAUGGCUCUGCAACCCCACAAGCAACUAUCAGGUUGCUUAAGAUUGCCAUAGAGUUUACGGAGAUCGUGGAGCGCGGAACUGACUUCGAGGCGAAGCUCGAUUACGUUAACUGUUACCUACAUUGCACGUACUUUCUACUUGCAAUUAUAACCAAGGACGCCAGAAGCGAAGAGAGUAUUGCAGUGAAGACAACCCAGUACAACGAGAUUCGCGAAGCAAUGAAACAGGUCCACCCCCGGAUCCAAUCCAUUUCCACUGAUCAACAUGUCACUUGGCUCGGGAAGUACCGUAUUCUGCUCUUCAUGGACUUUGACGCCGCCAUAUUUCUCCAGCAAUGGCAUGACCUCGAAAAGAUCCUCGAGACUUCAAAGCCCAUAGUAGAUGGCAAGCUAGCCUCCUGCUUCCUCGACUGUAUCCUCAAAUCUGGAGCUUCUUCAUCAUGCAUAUCACGGGCUGUCAAGCAACUAGUCCGAACCCUCCACUCCUCCCCCUUACCGUACCUCAACACUCCAACCUCCACCUUCAGCGAGACCCUACCACGCUACUUCCGUAUCCUCUUCAGUCUCUCCCACGAGGGCAAAGAGUACAUCCUCGCCGAAUCAGUCCUCGACCAAGCCCUCUUCCUCGCCCGCGAUAACCCGAGAUAUCCAAGAGAAGAACUGGAGUGGCUUGCAAUCACCGCCUUUAACCAGGCCGCCGAGUUCUUCUCGGUCUCUGCAGAUGAAGAGUGUCAGCGUUGGGCUGGGAAAGCAGUUGCGUUGGCAGACUGUAUCACGGAUUAUGACGGUGGGAAAUUGGGGUGUCUUUUGCGGGGGAAUCUUGCGAAAUUGAAGGCUUCCUGA